AUGAGACAUUUUGAGGCGAGAUCAUGGGUGGCUGAGAGGCUAGGAGUUGCUACGGUCUACUUCCCAUCCAGAUACAGAGGUUUAUGCGUAGGCACGCUCCUCUCCCGUACUCUGGUCAUAACAGCCGCUGUGUGUGUCACAAACCCAGCCACACAUAUACACGACUAUCGACCUAUUAACGUUGUCACAGGCGCUUCUUACCGACAUCCCAGACGAGGCAUUAGAGUUCAGGUUACUAAAGUAUUAAUGCCGACAUGUAUAAAUGAUACGGCGACAAUCGGUUAUACCGUACAACAAUCACCAGCUCUAUUAAUACUUAUGAGGAAAGUUCCAGACAUCUUGGUUGAAAUACCGUUGCGACCAAUAGACAUCGAUUUCAAAGGAGACCAAGCAUUAUCUCUGCAUGAGGAGUGUAUGACGGCUGGAUGGCAUUUCUUUUAUAAGGGGGAUAAAAUAUACUCUGCUAACAAAUUCUUACUACAAAGGAACGCUCGGGCACAAUUUUUGAAUAUUGCAAAGAAGAGCAUUUGGUGUGAAACGUUGACACUAAAGUUUCAAAAAGCUCUUACAAAUAUUGGCUACAAAGGAUUCUUUGAUAAGUCCUAUUCUGUGUGCGUGAGAGAUCCGGAUAGGGGUGCACAGCCAUGCCAUGGUAUGUAUGGGGCACCCCUCAUAUGCAGUGGGAAGAUAGUGGGCAUGAUGAUGGCACCCGACGGCCAAUGGUCGAACUGCACUGGAUAUAGCAAUCUCUUCCAUUUGUUUAACUCGGAGCAUAUUAUGAAAUUCAUGACUUGUGCAAGCAGCCUUUUCGCACCGGAGUUUGAAUUAUCGUGGGAAGGACUAAAAGCAUCACUGUACGACGAUCUGAAAGAUCAAGAAUAUGACUACAUUCCGUCCUUAUACGAUAAGGUGUUAGGGGAGUCUAGUAGUAGCUCCAGUGAAGGCACGUAA